GAAGAGGAGAAACGUCUGGAAUGUGGCUACUCAUGCAACCCACUGGCCAUUGUGGACCUGAUUGUCGACAUCAUGUUCAUCAUCGACAUCAUCAUCAACUUCCGCACCACCUACGUCAACGAGAACGAUGAGGUGGUGAGUCACCCAGCCAAGAUCGCCAUCCACUACUUCAAAGGCUGGUUCCUCAUCGACAUUGUGGCUGCCAUUCCAUUUGACCUUCUCAUCUUCAGGUCUGGCUCCGAUGAGUCUGUCUGCUUCCGUGGCCUGCUGGCGGCCUUCAAGUCACCAGAACUAUUGCCUUUUGUGGAAUUUGGACUCUCAACCUCUGGGAUUAUCCAUUAUGCUUGUGCUG